AUGAAUCAAGCUUCCCUUGACCUCUCAUCACACCAGAAAAUGCCAAACACAAGCGAGCACCCCUCCACCACCUCACACCCGAGAACGAACGACAACCAGGAAAAAAGGACAUGCCUUCCUUCACUCGACCAUGGAGACGAUGACAGCAAAUCCAAAGUCACGAAACAACGCACAAGGAAAACCGGCAGAGACAAACAAAAGCACAAUACAAGAAAGGCGAGAAGCAAACAACAAGGCAGAAAACCAAAACAAGAAGAAAUAAAUAAAACGACAACUGCUUUUCUCAGACUGGUGGUUUUUGUGAUUUCUCACCCUCACUUCCGUACUUCCCAAUCCCUUGAUAUUUCCAUUUUGCUGUGGCAAGUCAAGCAGGGCAACACGAUGCGAUCAACUUUUCUUCCUUUUUUUUUUUCUGAUUCUUCUUUGUUUCGGUGCAUUGAUUCCCUGAACCGCGAGGUGUUGUCUUUGUUGUUGAGCGGCAUUUCCAUCACAUCCAAAUGA